AUGAAUGGGAGCGAAACUGUGGUCGUUACAGGCUUCGGACCUUACAGGCAGUUCUUAGUGAACCCCAGCUGGACGGCAGCCCAGGGGCUGAAGGUGGUCGGACUGGGAGAGCGGAUUGAUGUUUACAUCAAGGAGGUCCCAGUGAGUUAUGUGAAGACUCAGCAAAUCAUUGCUGACAUUUGGCAAACUCUUCACCCAAAGUUUGCUGUACACCUGGGCCUGGCCAGAGGCUCCAGCGUCGUCAUCGUGGAGCAGACGGGGAAGAACAGCGGAUACAGAGACAGAGAUGUGUGCGGUUUCUGUCCUGAGAGCCACUGCUGUCUGGAAGGAGGACCAGAGAAACUGGACUCGGUCAUUAACAUGAAGGCCGUCUCCAAAGAGUUCAGACGAGCAGGGAUGGAUGUCAUUUAUUCAAGAGACGCUGGCAGGUACCUGUGUGAUUUCGCGUAUUACUGCUCCCUGUAUCACGGUGGGAGGAGAGCGGCCCUCAUACACAUACCCUCAUCUGGCAGCCUGAGCUCAGCAGUCAGACUGGUACCCCUGCUGCAGACCCUCAUUCGGACCAUGCUCGACCAGCUGGAAGACCCCUCAGCCAGCCAGUCACAGUGAGACACCACUGCCCUCCUCACACCCGUUCCCGGCGGCAGGAAUGAGGGGCAUCUUUCACACACGGGUCGUGGCAUCCCUUCUAUGGGCCGAGGCUGACGGGUGAGGAGGCUUCUCGCUGCCAGCUGACCACUGGGGCCGUGUCGUCAACGGGCCACAUUUAACCUGUGACGCUAAUGUCAGGCCUCAU